UGAAAAUAUGCAAAAUAAAAUGAAACGGAUCUUUCACACAAUAAUUCGAGGCAAGACCAAAGAGGUACAGAAUAGGUGAAAAGGAGCAAUCUACACAACAGUACUAAACACUAAAGGUGGAAGAAGAGAUGACGAACAUAAAGACUUAUAUACCUUCCCAAAUCUUGAAGAACAAAUAGGAUCCACCAGCCCACAUGCUACACAUACUAUUUCUCACAACCGACUUUGCUUUCUUUUGUUUCCCUUUAUAUUCUUUGGACACUGUAAUUAACCAUCUUUCCUCUCCCAGAGAACUAGCAGAUGACCUGGUGCAGCGAUUGUAGUGACACGCCUGGAGUUAUCAUCAAAAGAUUUCCAUCAUCUAACGAUAAUAACAGCAUAAUGGAUAAUAAGAAGACUGUGCCUUGCCCCUCAUGUGGUCAUCGGAUCAACUGCUACGAGAAGGCUCGAAUUCAUGAUCUUCCAGGGUUGCCAGCCGGAGUGAAGUUUGAUCCAAGUGAUCACGAACUGCUUGAGCAUUUGGAAGCCAAAGUGCGUUUAGAUGCACAUAGGAUCCAUCCUUUGAUCGAUGAGUUCAUACCUACAGUUGAGGGUGAAAAUGGAAUCUGCUAUACUCAUCCUGAGAAAUUACCAGGAGUGAGCAAGGACGGUUUGGUUCGACAUUUCUUUCAUAGACCAUCCAAAGCGUACACCACAGGAACAAGGAAACGAAGAAAGGUGCAUAGUGAGAUUGAUGGGAGCGAGACUAGAUGGCAUAAAACUGGUAAGACUAGGCCAGUUUUUCUGAAAACAAAAGUUAAAGGCUACAAGAAGAUACUUGUGCUUUACGCUAACUAUGGGAAGCAAAAAAAGCCAGAAAAAACGAAUUGGGUAAUGCAUCAAUACCAUUUGGGUAACAAUGAAGAUGAAAAAGAAGGUGAAUUGGUUGUAUCCAAGAUUUUCUACCAAACACAGCCUAGACAAUGUGGCUCCAACGUUGUCAAAGACAAUAUAAUAUCUCCCCUUGUGAAAUCAAAUGGUCGAAAUGCACAUGAAGUUACUCAUGGUACUAAUAAUACCACCUUCGUCGAGUACUUCAGCCCCUCACUCGUUUCUUACCAGCAAAAUCUUCAACACGCCCAUGAUUUGAAUUUGCAUGAUGGAUCUUCGGUUGUACCAUGAAUAUAUCUAUAAUAGUACAAGACAAGAUGAAGAAUCUGCAUUUUUCAUGUACAAGUGAAGAAUGAGUUUACGUCCCAAAUGUGGGAUUAGUUAAUUAUGGAUGGUGUUCUUACGGAAAACAAGUAUGAGAAGAAUAAGAAGUGCCUCUUUUGGUGGAUGGUAAACAGCCUUAUAUAAUCUUCUAUAUAACUUGAAGAUCAAGAUAUAUGUAUUACGAGUAUAAGACAUAUACUAGUUAGGAUGUAAUUAGGUCGAUAGUCAUGCAUAAUAAUUUACGAUGUAAUACAAAUAACCUUGGAUCCAUUAACUGGUUCAUAUAAGUGUUUUACUAAUUUGGCAUGAUCUAAAAUUUACUUGUUA